AUGGAGAGUGCCGCUCCCUACUUCACCAACAACAUCUUUUACAACGGGUUUUCGUCCAGCAGGGAGACGGGGAAACGCUCGAGACCCGGCACCAGCAACGGCAACAGCGAGCGUCUCAACACCUCGACAACUCCCGCGCCCAAAGAACGCAAAUCCUCGUUCGGCAGGCGGCGAUCGUCGUCCCUAACCUCUCCUUCCAAGGGCAAACGCCGCCCGAGUUCUUCAGCAGCAGCAAAUGGAGGCCAGUUUGUGAGCGACGACACAAAACCACCACCAAUACCGAUUCCCACGCUCUCGGCGUAUACAAAGCUCGUAAAGGAGAACGAGGUUGCUGCAUUGUCGCCCACGUCGCCAGACUCAUUCUCGAGGAUGCUCAGCCGGAAUACACCUAGUUCCCAGAGUGGUUUUGGCAACAUGGCUGGUGUCGCACCCCCGUCCUUUCCGCCACACCAAGGAAGCGUAUCCGGACCGUCACUCCCUCAAGAGUCGAACAUCAUAUACAGCCAUUUGCAAGAGAUUGCAAACAAGAGAAUAUCCACACUGGACUAUCUACGAAAAGCCCAUGAUGGACGAGUAUAUUGGUUCAAUACCAUGCUUUUUGACAAGCCCGAUCUCGCGAGGAUGCCAUAUUUCGAUCCGCGAAGAUUGGCGCGGCGGGCUGCGAAUUACCUUUUGCUUGGGCUUUCCCUCCCGACAGUCAUUGAUCUGAAUUCUUCGACGCCGCUUGAGUUUCUACGUUCCCUCCACAUACUUCUUACUGAAUUCGAGUCCUUUCAACAAAUACAUUCCGAAACUGGGACGAACGCAUCAUCCCUUUCAAGAGCAAGGCUACCACAAAUGUUCCGCCGCGGUCCGGCAGGAAAAGGUCGUAGGACGAGCGCCGCCGGAGACAUGAGCUUUUAUAGCGAAAUCAAUGGCAGUGGCCACAGUGGUGGUGCCACACAGACGCCGAACUCGGUGAUAUCCUUUGGGCUUGGGAGCGAGGGGAACGAUUUAUUACCCGGCGAGGAGUACACUCAUUUGCUCACGCCCUCACUCCCUUUUGACCCCGACUUUUUCGAGACCUUCGCAACCUUGUGUGACAUGCUCAUUGACUGCUACUCAAAGCUCAUGUCUCUGCUACCCAGUCCCCGCGAAUGCACGCCCACGAUCGCCGAGUUAUUCACUAAGGUUGAUGGCAAGGUGCGGAAGAUCAUUAUCCAGGGCGUGGUCAAAGAAUUCGAAGAUACCAGCAGGGCCACUCUCAAACAAGAAGUGAGCAACGUGGGGAAGGUUGUCUUAGGUGGCCUAAUGUAA